AUGCAGCUCUAUUUGGGAAUGUCGCUCACACUUUUUGUCAUCGUUCUCGUCAGUGUCUCGAGCGUUACUCACGGUGGUAACGUGCUCGUGUUACCGGCUGAAUACAGUCACUGGUACAACAUGCGCAACAUCGUGGACGAGCUGCUGAACCGAAACCACAGCGUGACGGUUCUGGUGAGCACGGCUUCAUUCACCGUUAACUUUAGACAGCCGGAGCGCUUCCAGUUUGUGGUCUUCAAUGUGUCUCUACAGGCGCACGAGCUGCACGGUCUGAGCGAACAGAUGAUCAAAAUCUGGUUGGAGUACCCCAGACCGAACAUGGUCCGGACAGGUCUCGAGAUCAUGGACCUGCUCGGGAAACUGCGCGAGACGCACCAGACCAUGUGUCACACUAUGCUGCGUAACACAGAGCUGAUCGCUCGUCUGAAGGCUUUAAGGUUUGAUGUGCUCUUAUAUGACCCCAUGAUCAUAUGCAGUGCCCUGCUGGCUGAAAUUCUGGACCUACCGUUCGUCAUCUCUCUGAUGGGGUCUCCUGGUUUUUCUAUGGAGAGGAUGUGUGGACAGAUGCCCGCGCCACCGUCUUUUGUCCCGGUUCCUCCGUCGGUGAUGACGGAUCACAUGAGUUUCACUGAAAGACUGAAAAAUGUGAUUGUUUAUGCUGUUUAUUCUGCUGCGUUUCGGAUGACCUCCAUCAGUUUGGAUAACUACUACAGUCAAGUGUUAGGUAAGUAA